GUUCAGCUCAGCUGGGGGGAGUUGCGGAGUGGUCGCCGUACUGACAGUUAAGCUGCCAGAGUAAUUGCAUUAAUUAAUCUGGGUAGUUUAUUUCUUACUUCGUCGCUUCUUCGGUAGCCUCUAGCUAGGCUAGGCUAGUUUAGACGAUGUUUGUCCGCGUGCUGUUGUGUUUGCUGGUGGCGGUGUUGUCUCGAGGCGCCCUCGGUCAGUACCCUCCGGAUGAGGUCCUCGAGCUACCGGGGAUGAAGUUCAAACCGAACUACCGGCAGUGGUCCGGUUACCUGAAGGCCAGCCCGGGCAAGUUCCUGCACUACUGGUUCGUGACGUCCCAGUCGGACCCCCAGCGUGACCCCCUGGUCUUGUGGUUGAAUGGAGGUCCGGGCUGCAGCUCUCUGGACGGCUUCCUCUCCGAGAACGGACCCUUCCACGUGUCUGAUGACGGUGCUACUCUGUAUGAGAAUCCCUACAGCUGGAACCUGGUGGCCAACGUGCUGUACCUGGAGUCGCCAGCAGGGGUCGGCUUCUCCUACUCAGACGACAAGCAGUACAAGACAGACGACGACCAGGUGGCGGAUAACAACUACCUGGCGCUGCAGAGCUUCUUCUCCAAGUUCCCCAACUUCACCCAGAACGAGCUCUUCAUCUUCGGGGAGAGCUAUGGAGGCAUCUACGCCCCCACACUGUCCCUCAGGGUGGCUACUGGACACGCCAAACUCAACUUCAAGGGCUUUGCGGUGGGUAACGGCCUCAGCAGCUUCGACCUGAAUGACCAGUCGCUCGUCUACUUUGGAUACUACCACGGCCUCUUCGGAGAGGAUCUUUGGCGUGAGCUGAAUGAUAACUGCUGUAAAGACGGCGUGUGUAACUUCUACAACAACUCCAAAGAAGCCUGCUCCAUCUCGGUCAGCCAGGCGUUCAACAUCGUGUACUCGUCGGGCCUUAAUGAGUAUGCGCUCUACCUGGACUGUGCAGGCGGAGCCAGAUCUCAGAGCCGCUACCAGAGGACCAUGACACACCUCUACAAGAACUACAGGAAGCAGUGGGCAGCCAAUCACGUCUUGACCAGCUCCCCUACCCUGGGUGAGAUUCCUCCCUGUAUCAACAGCACUGCCCAGAAGAACUGGCUGAACAGAGCUGACGUCAGGAAGGCUCUUCACAUCCCAGACACACUCCCAGCCUGGGACCUCUGCAGUGACGUGGUGGGGGAGCAGUACGUGACCCUGUACCAGACGGUGAGGCCGGUGUAUGAGAAGCUGCUGUCCCUGGGCCUGAGGGCGCUGGUGUAUAACGGCGACACGGACAUGGCCUGCAACUUCCUGGGAGACCAGUGGUUUGUAGAACAGCUCGGACUCAAGACGACGGUUCCGUACCAGCGCUGGCUGUGUGAUGACCAGAUCGCAGGAUUCUACCAGAAGUUUGGAAACAUCACCUUCCUCACGGUCAAGGGAGCUGGUCACAUGGUGCCCCAGUGGGCUCCAAGCCCCGCCCUCUCCAUGCUGAAGAGCUUCCUGAAGGAUGCACCUUACUGAGCACGCUCCAACAACCACUUCCUGUUCAAGUCCCUCCCCCUUCCCAAUCAGGUCAUGAUUCCUCCUCUGGGGGAGGGGCUUGGUACACUGUGAAUAAGAUGAUUGGAUGAUUCGUGUGUGUGAAUAAGAUGCUUGGCUGUGUGUGUGAUUAGUGUUGUAAAGGGAAUGUGAGUAUGUCAAUCAAAUGUGAGCAGAUUUUGAUAAAUAAACUGUGUAAAAAAGAC